AUGUGGACCACCAUCACCCGGACCGCAUCGGCAACUCUCUCCUCGAUCUCCGCGACUCCGACCUCCGUCUGCGCCGCUGCGCCGCCCGCCCACGGUUUCUGCCUGCCCGUCAUCGAACAGAUCCGUUCCGGGGUAACUUCUUUGUUUCUGGUGAUCCUCGCUCUCGUUGGGGUUAAAUACCCUCGCAACCCCAAAGUUCGUUUCGGGCUCGCUCUCGCCUCUGGUGUUGGAAUCACCACCCUGGAUGGGAUGGCCAUUCACUGCGUGAUCAUUGAUCACUGGCCGUCGGUCAUUCGUUUUUUCGCGGCCUUUACGGCGAUGGUGGUCGAGCUCCUCCGGGAUUUUCUCGAGAUUCGCGCGGAGCGCAAAGCCGCUGGCUGCGCCGCCAAGCGUCUGGAAGAGCAGCGCGGAGUCGAGUCGGUCGAGUUGGCGGUGUUGGGCGCCCACACCACGGGCCUGCGGUCACAUGCGGCGGCCGCCACCAGGAUGGUCGUGAGCGAUCCCAAUUAA